AUGUUCCCUAAGUUCCUGGCGGGCCAAUUCCCCGGCCCCUUCCUCGGGCUGCUCGUGGCGUUGAGUAUAUCCGUCUUCAUGAACUUGGGGGUCCUCUUCUACUCGCUCCGCAUCAUAACGCGCGGAACGCCGCAGGAAUACUUAGCCUACCUCGCUGGCGACAGGCCUCGGGAGCUUCCCAUAAAAGUCCGCACCAUCCAAGCUGCCUUCCACGAUGAUCCCUUGCACUACGGCAUGGAAGGCAUCACGGCCACGGCGGAAUGGAACUCAAUCCGUCCUCCCGGCAAGGGCUUUGUAUUCUUAGGAGAGGAGCAUUUCGCUUUCGGGGUGUCGAUGUGGCACCAAAUGCACUGCCUGAACCAUAUACGCGCGGUGCUUGUCAACGGGGACGACGGAUCGGAUCAUACGGCGCAUUGCUUUCAUUACCUACGACAGAGUAUUCUCUGUGCCGCUGAUACAACCCUCGAGCCGGGCGGUACGAAUAUGAAAUUGGCUAAUGGGGAUAAAGUCGCUGCAGGUAGCGAAGCUGUGCAUACCUGUCGGGACUGGAGACAGGUGUAUGAUUGGAUGGAGAGCCGGCAUAAGGAGUGGACACCGGAAAUGUACACGAGAUUCAAGGAGUCUAGUUAA